UUCAAAGAAUAAACUAAUUAAAAGUCACAAUGAACGCUCAAGUAUUUUUCAUUGGUGCUCUUGUUUGCUGCGCAAUCAGCCAGAUAAGUACAUCUCCAGUACGAGACAAUGGUCGUAAUCAACCUGAAUCUUACAAAGAAAUGGGAGAGCUUCAUAUCUUAAUGAUGUCACCUGAUGGAUCUCAAAGCAUAAUGAAACCUGAAGACGUGCUUACUUUAAAGUUCAAACUCGAAGAAAACGCUGCAAAAAUGAUUUUAUACAAAUUGUUCGACGGAAAAGAAUUUUCUCACCUGAUGACAGAUCAUCAAAUGCAACGCUUGGUCAACUUCGAUGUGAUUGCCAUCGUAUCGCGUGAUGAAUCUGAUUUACUGAAACGAACAGGUUUUGGACACAUAAUGGUAAUUCUCGAAAAAGACGGAACAUUGAAAUCAUUCAUUUACGAUUUAACACUUCUGGAAGCAAUCAAGCAAUUGCCACAAAAUUACCCGUACAACUUCUCCACAUCGAAAAACGCUUAUCAUACAGCUUUCCAAAAUUCAAAUCAAUCCAAAAUAGAUUUUCACCUUUGAUUAAACUAUCACGAUACUACCAUGAAACUUCAUUUGUCAUAUUUAUCAUAGACAUUGUAUUUAUUAAUUAUUCUAUAUAAUCAUUACCAUUCAGCUGUAUUACCAUUGAGUCCAUUUUAUA